AUUUUAUUUAUCCCUUGGCCAAAAACUUUACAUUAUCAAAAAAUGUCUUUUCUUGGAACCAAAAGGUUAAAGAAAAAUUUAAAUAUCUUUGGAGGAUAGAGAUACAAACUUGAACGGCAGAAACUAGUAGAACCAUAAUCCCACAAUGUGCUUUUGCCCACGCUAUAUCCCCUUGUAGAUAUUUUCUCUUCGGGCCCCAUGUAUCUUUUAUACCCUAAAUAUUUCAAUUUUGCCCUUGAUAAAAAUUUUGGUUCGCAGAAACCGAAGUUUUUUCUAGUUCAAAUUCAGGAAAAUUUCGGUUAACAAGGCAAAAAAAAUUCGGUUCGUAGAAACCGAAGUUUUUAUUGAAGGACAAAAAAAUAAAAUCCAGAUGGUAAAAAAAACGAUGGGUCUAAAGAGAAAAUAUCCCACUUGUAUCCACGUCGCCCUCAUCCUUAUUGAUCCAAAUUUCUCCAUUUUUGGGUUUCUCUAAUCUUUUAUAUUUUAUUCCAUUCCUCAAUAUUCUUUCCUACUAGUCAGAAUGCAUCAACCAUUCUCAUCCCUCUAUGCCUAUUCACACACCUCUUAUUAUUAGGAUACCACUUUAAUUAUAAUAUAAAACCAUCUUUUCCACAUCUUUCUAGACCAAACACAAUCAUUCAAUCUCUUUGCUUCACUUUCAACAUGAAACACACUCCUUCCUCAUUCCUUUUAUAAUUAUAGUCUCUCCAUCACCUAAUCUUUUUCAUAAUUACUACUAAUUCAUAUCACAAACAUACCAAUUCUCUCAUCCCCUUAUCAAUUUCAUUUAUCAUCAAAAAAAUUUCUUCAAAAUAAUCACACAUCAUUAGUAUUUAUUAUCAUCAUAUCAUAUAAGCAACCAUGAAAAUUUUCAGCCCUUCUAAUUCCUUUCUUACGAAUGUUGUGUGUCCAUCCGACACCAUAUUCCUUAAAGUCCACAAUAAUAUUUCCUAUCUUUCCCAGCACAACAAAAUUACAUACAUAUAAUUUAAUAUCUUUCUCGUCCUAAUAUCGAACUCUGAAUUAUCUGAAUCUAUUUUUUCUAGAAUCUUAGAGGGUGAUACAUCAAAAAAAAUUCUCAAUCGCUAUUUCCCUUUCCCUUUUCUAUGGAUCAACAAAACAAACAAAGUUUCCAAAACCCCAAACACAUAAUUUUCGACAAAUACGAAAUGGGAAAAGUCUUGGGUCAAGGAAACUUUGCAAAGGUUUACCAUUGUAGAAGCCUUUCAACAAACGAGAGUGUAGCCACCAAGGUGAUAAAGAAAGAGAAGCUAAGAAAAGAGAGGUUAGUGAAGCAAAUCAAGCGUGAAGUUUCGGUUAUGCGUCUCGUUCGCCAUCCUCAUAUAGUUGACCUCAAAGAAGUUAUGGCAACAAAGGGAAAAAUAUUUCUAGUAAUGGAAUAUGUAAAAGGAGGUGAACUUUUUGCCAAAGUUGCAAAAGGAAAAUUGAAAGAAGAUGUUGCUAGAAAAUACUUUCAACAGCUCAUCAGCGCCGUUGAUUUUUGUCAUAGUCGCGGUGUCACACACCGUGAUUUGAAACCAGAGAAUCUCCUCUUAGACGAAAACGAAGACCUAAAGGUCUCCGAUUUUGGACUCUCAGCAUUGCCAGAGCAACAUCGAGAGGAUGGGAUGCUUUUAACUCCAUGUGGGACCCCUGCUUAUGUGGCACCCGAGGUUUUGAAGAAGAAAGGGUAUGAUGGUUCUAAGGCUGAUCUAUGGUCUUGUGGUGUUAUCCUCUAUGCCUUGGUUUGUGGAUAUCUUCCUUUUCAAGGUGAGAAUGUUAUGAGGAUUUAUAAAAAGGCUUUUAAAGGUGAAUAUGAAUUUCCUGAAUGGAUUUCUCCGCAAGCUAAAAUGUUAAUUUCGAAUCUUCUUGUCGCGGAUCCUAAAAAAAGGUAUUCAAUUGUUGAUAUUAUGAAUGAUCCUUGGUUUCGAAUUGGGUUUGUUAGACCCAUUGCGUUUUCUAUGAAUGGUUCGAGUAUUGAAGAUAACGACAAAGACAUCAAUAUUGAUUUCAAUGAGGUUGGUGAAGAUAAUGUUGAUGUUCCUGAAUUGAUAAUGGUGAAGCCAUCUCGUCCUUUUUAUAAUGCAUUUGAGAUAAUUUCGUCGUUGUCACAUGGUUUUGAUCUUAGGAAUUUGUUUGAGACGAGGAAAAAGUUGCCAUCAAUGUUUAUAUCAAAAUUUUCGGCUUCAACAGUCUUGGAGAAACUUGAGGUGAUGGCGAAGAAGUUGAACUUUAGGAUGACAGGGAAGAAGGAGUUCGUGGUGAGAUUUGAGGGGACAAAAGAUGGGAGAAAGGGGAAGGUUGCGGUGACGAUGGAGGUGUUUGGGGUGGCACCGGACGUGGCGGUGGUUGAGUUUUCUAAGUGUGGUGGAGACACAUUGGAGUACGUUAAGUUGUGUGAUGAACAAUUAAGACCUUCACUCAAAGAUAUUGUUUGGAGUUGGCAAGGUGACAAUCAUAACGAUAACAACUCUCAAUAGUAGUAAUUAGUACUAUAGUUUAAAUACCAUUUAUGUAAUCGGUAAUUCGACAAAGGCUGAUCUUGAUCGAAUAUUUCAAAUUUUUAGGAAACUUUUUUUAAAUUUGAUUUAUCGAACUUAUAAAAUAUGAGUUAUCAUA